CACGACAGCGCGAAACAUCUUAUAGCAGAGUGCCCUAAACAGUAUACAAGCGCCAACAUGACUGCAAUACACCUAUGGCUGGCCCUGCUCGUUGUUGCGAUCUGUAUAAGUCACACCUCUUCAGCGCCUUACCGCUUCAUGCCAAACAGCCGAGAAUUGGAAGAUAAGCGACACCAACACAAACAGGAGACGCAGCUCAGCGAAAGACGUGCCAGCUUAGGUGACACAGUGGGCGACAGCGAUAGGAAUAACUUUGAAAAUAACUCGCCACACAGCGGUUUCCACGAAAUCGAUGAGGAGGCUGGUAACGAGGGUUACUCUGCAUCCUCGGAGUAUAGCAAUGAAUCCACGGAUGAAAGUGACGACUACCAGGAAGCUUCUUCCAGUGAUUCCAGGGUGAGCAGCGAGUCCGAAAAUACAGAGUAUGAUGAUGAUGAUGAUGAUGAUUAUGAUGAUGACGACGACGAGGAUGAUGAUGACGAUUAUGAUGAUGAUGAUGAUGAUGACGACGACGAGGAUCAUGAUGACGAUGAUGAUGAUGAUGACGCACCUAGUGAUGAGGACGGCGAAGUUUCGAGCACGAGUAGUGAAUCCGAGACUAAAGAAGGUUAUCAAAGUGAUGCUGAUGAUGAUAACGGUGAAGGUUAUUCUGAUAACUCAGACGCAACUAGCGAUGGCGACAACGAAGAUGAUGGUAAUGAAGAUGAUUACAGCGACAACAAUGAUGAUGAAGAUGAUGAUGAUGAUGAGGAGGAGGAGGAAGAGGAGGAGGUGGACCAUGAAGAAGAUUCUUCAAACGUGGCGCCGAUUCCUUCGCCACUAUACGAUGACCUAUCCGAGCAAGAAGAAGAAGAUGGUGAUUCUGAAAGCGUUGAAGAAUGA